AUGACAGACACUGUGACCACAGCCACCAGCGGUAGUACUGGUGGUGACAAUGAUAAUGAUAUGACCACCAAAUUGGACGACGAAGAUGCCGAAGAAGGCGAGAUCUUAGAGGACGGCGAGAUUGCCGAUGAGGACGACGACGAAGACGAGUUACCGCCGCCGCCGCAGACAACGGAUAAGAAACCAACAACAGGUGAUCACAAACACAGAUCAGACAAUGAAAAAGAAAAUAAUAAUACAAGAGAUAAAAGUGAUUACAAUAAUAGUAGAGACAGUUCACGAAGACGUGAUAAUAAUAAUAGUGGUAAAGAUAGGGACAGAGAUAGCAGAGGAGGAGGUGGUGGUGAUAAUAAACGAGACAGAGAUAGAGAUAAUAAGGAUAAUAAUAAUAAAGAUAAGGAUAGACAACGAGGAGGACAUGAUAGGAGUGAUCGGACAUCAGGAGGUGGUAGUGACAGAGCUUCCCGCGAGAGAAAGUCAUCGGAUUCGUCCGAUAGAGACAAAGAUAAGGACCGCAAGUCGUCUGCCGCUGACGAUGACCGCCGACGACAGCGGACCGAACGAGAAGACAGGACCGGCAGUGGCGGCAGCGGAAGAAAGAGAAGACGAUCGGGUAGUAAUGAUGACAAAGAUGAUAGACAGUCGUCGUCGUCGACGACGACGACGACAACAACGACAAGAGUUGGAGGAUUGCAGCCGUCGUCCGAUGAUAAACGCAAAAGAAGUCGUUUCAGUGGCGGCGGCGGUGGCGGUGAUCACGUCUGGACCAGUGAUUACAAUAAUGAGAUGAAUGUUAACAAUAAUACAAACUUUAACCGAAUUACCGCUAAUAGUAUUGCCGACGACUUUGUCGGCGGCGGCGGUGGUCGUCGACAACAGUUUGAAGAUAUUGACUUCAGGACACAACAGCCGCCACCAGUAGGUCAACAGCAAUCAUCACCGACACCACCGCCACUAGCCUUUGCUCCCAAUAAUACCGCUCCUCCGCCACUACAACAGUCAGCCGUCAAUAACGAUGACCAACAAGACAUGAUGGACUUUGACGAAGGAGAUUUCGACGACAUGAUGGACAUUAUGGGCGAAAAGGUUAUGGCCGGCGACAAGAGGCCAAUCGAUGCCAGCGAAAAGCGGGCGAUGAUGCGGGCAAUGAUGAUGAUGAUGAUGAAGCGUAACGUUGAUUCAGAUAAAUUUCGACGACUUUCCCGUUUACGGGACAAACGCCGUAGUGGUCAGACCCCGAUCGGCGGUGGCGAUCGUAUGCCCGGUCCAACCGGUACGCGUACUAUCGGCCCGGGCGGCAAUCAUCAUCAUCACCAUCAUCGGCAGCCUAUGGGCGGCCAUCACGAACAACAUCAACAUCAACCACCGCAACAGCCGCCACCACCACAUCAUCAUCAGCCAAGACAUCCAUUCAAACAGUUAUGCAAAUUCUAUUUGGACGGCAAAUGCCAUAAAGGCCUGGACUGUCCGUUCAGUCACGAGGGACAGCCAAACAAGAAGAAAGAGUUGUGCAAAUUUUAUUUGCAAGGCUUCUGCGGUAAAGGUGAAGAAGCCUGUCUUUAUAUGCACGGCCAGUUCCCCUGCAAGUUUUUCCAUACAAACGUCGAAUGCUAUUCGGGUGAUAAUUGCCGAUUCAGUCAUCAGCCGCUAACCGAUGAAACUCGGGAAAUACUACGCAACUAUUUGGAUUCGGGAACACUGCCCGAUGAUCCGAAACCCGAUCGAUAUAACAAUAAUAAUAAUCGUAAUAACAAUGACAGGAACACCACCACCACUGGCGCUGAUAAAGAGUCUCAAUCAAAUCAGUUGUCAAACAAUAGUCAAGCCAAUAGUGAUACUACCAAUAAUAAUCAGUCAACGACCGGCGGCGGUGCCAAUGAUGGACAGCCUCCUCCAUCCACACAAGCACCACCACAACAACCAACUACUUAUGCACCAUUGAGGCCAGUGGUCAAACGUCACGCCUUAUUAGGCGAGCCGACUCAAGAUAUGCGAUCGUCACAUUUUACUUGGACAUGGCAACAGGAAAUGAAGGAACUGGAGGACGCCUAUGUCGGUAACAAACGUAACCUGUUUUGUAUUGAAAAACCGUUUGCAAUGCCCGAAAAGCCGCCGACACCCCGACUAGAGGACGACGAAGACGAAGUCGAAGAACAUAUCCGUAACUUUUACAGAGAACACGGAACCGAUUACGACAACAAUAACAACAACAACAACGAAGACACAGAUCUACGGGCUCAGCCUAAAGACAACGUCGUCCAGACACCGGUAGCAGUUGUCCAGCAAACUGAUGAACAAAAACUGAUUGACGCCUCAGCUCACGAUGAAGAUCUGCGAACAUUUAUGAGACCACUGAUGCCGCCGCCGCUACUGCCGCCCAACCUUCUGUCCAACGACAUGAAUCCGAUUGUCAAGGAAGAGCAGCCAUCAGUACAAGACAUUGACAGUAGGCCACCGCAGCUGUUGUCGGCCGAAGAGGCUAUGAAACAGGCAAUGGCCACACUGGUGGCCAACAAUGAAUUGCCACAGAAUAUACCGCAAGUUGCGCGCGAUUUGUAUAUAAAAAUGAAGAAUAAGAUCCAAAACGAAUCCGAUCCGUCAAAAGCAGCGACAAUCGGCUCGGAUUCCGAUGAAGACGAAGACAAGACACUGUUGGCGGCGGCGCUCAAGAAUAUACAAUCAUCGGCGGCCGCGGAUCCGGCGUCCAGAGAUUCGUUGUCCAAUUCAUCGAACAUCGAUAUAUCCAAAAUGAUAUCAUCGAUACGCAACUCGUCGACCGUAUCCAUCGGAUCGGCCAGCAGUCAUCAUCAUCAUCAUCCUCUUCAUCAGUCGUCGCCAAAACAAUCAGAAUUUUGGCAAAACUUUAUGAGCGGCAUCAAUAUGGCCAACAUUGGCGGCGGUGGUUCGCCGUCGUCAGCCGCAGCCGCCGCCGGUAACAAUACUCCGCCGCGUCCUACUCAAGAAUAUCGCGAUCCCCGUCUCAAGAGAUUAGUGUCGCCACAACAGCAACAGUCCAACAACAACAACAACAGCAACGCCAACACAGUUGGCAACAGCAUCGGUGGUAGCGGCGAUUCUGGACAACAGCUACAGCAACARCAGCCGGCGGUCAAGAUAUGCGACCCGAACGCCAAAAUCGACUACAAACUGAUAUGUAUGAAAGCACCGGACAUCGACUACUCGACCUAUGUAUCACUAUAUCGGGUCGAUUCCAGACUCAAAAACGAUCCCCGAUUACAGAAAUACUUUUCCAAUCUGGAGAGUACGGGUCUGGAAAAUCUGUCCCGUAUUGUACCGCCACCGUUGAAAACACCGCCGGUCACACCCAUCAGUUUUCUAUUGAUGUCGAAAAAGCGAUCGGAAAAAGAAAAAUCGUUGUCGUCGUCGUCUUUGACCAAUAACUCGUCCUCCUCUGCCACAGCCACCGCCGCCAACAACAAGUUCUCCUCCUUUGCCAGCGAUCAUCACUCAGCAAAAGAGAUGCCCGACUCUCCGCCGCCAUCUCUGCCGCCUCUACCGCCGCUAACAAUGUCGCCCCAAAARUCUUUGUCGUCAUCUAUGCUGAUGAUGAGCGGCGGCGGCGGCAGCGGUAUCAUCGGUCUUAUGCCUCCAUCGCCGCCGCCAAUAAUGUCACCGUUGGAACUGAUAUCGUCGCGWCCGACGUAUACGGUUAGCGGUGGCGGUGGCGACAGUAAUAAGUCUUCGAGCGCUUCCGACAGCGAAUCGACAACAACAACAACAACGACAAUAAUGCCAACACUGACCCCCACGACGUUGACGUCCAUCAGUGGCGCACCCACUCUACGGAAACCCGAUGUCAACGACAGGUUCGAUGCAAUCUAUGCUCUCAACGCCGACCCAUCAUUUGGUGUAUAA